AUGAUCUUUCACUAAUUUUUGGUGUUUAUUUUUUGUCUUUUGACUUUCCAGGCUGUGAACGAGACAGGUGGCUGUUUGCCGAUGAGCAGAGUCCUAGAAAAGUAUUAUCUUUCCAUCACGUACAGCCUUGAGUUCAUUUUAGGCUUCACUGGAAACACCAUUGUUAUGUUCGGCUAUAUUUUCUGUCUGAAAAAUUGGAAAAGUGGCAACAUCUACCUGUUUAAUUUAUCAUUAUCAGAUUUAUUAUUUCUUUGUACUCUUCCAGUACUUGUGAACAGCUACUCCAGAGAUCAACCGUCAGUGGAGAGCAUCUUGUGCCACAGCAACAGGUUCCUGUUGCAUGCAAACCUGUAUGGCAGCAUCCUUUUCCUCACCACUAUCAGUAUUGACCGAUACAUGCUCAUAAAAUGUCCUUUCAGAGAACAUUUUCUACAGAAGAGGAAAAUGGCCCUUAUCGUGUCUUUUGCUAUAUGGAUCGGAGUGAUACUGGAAUUGCUGCCAUUGAUGUAUUUCCUGGAGCCUGUAACGCCUGACAAUGAUUACAGUUGUCUUGAUUAUGCAAGCUCUGGAGACCCCGCGAAAAACCUCAUCUAUAGCAUGUUUCUGACGGUCUUUGGGUUCCUUAUCCCUCUCAUGAUCAUGUGCUGCUUCUAUGUGAAGAUGGUUCUUUUUCUUAAAAACAAGAGCGAGCAACUCAGCUCCCUCCUGACGCUUGAAAAACCUCUUACUUUAGUCAUCCUCACAGUGGUUAUCUUCUCAUUGCUUUUUACUCCCUAUCACAUAAUGCGCAAUGUCAGACUUGCUUCCCGAAUACCAGCCUUGAAUGUAUCUAUGUGCACGCAGAGAAUCAUCAACAUCAUUUACAUCAUCACGAGACCCAUUGCGUUUUUAAAUAGUGUCAUUAAUCCUGUUUUUUAUUUCUUAAUGGGUGACCACUUCAGAGAGAUGCUGAUGGCAAAAAUAAGGCAGCUCUCGAGCAGGUUGACAACCACCAGCAAAUGA